AAUUUAACUCGUAGACUCGGCCAUCGGGAGUACGGUAAUAUGCUGCGCCAAGAUGAACUCUGCCAUUGCGAGCUCGGUACUGAUGCUAAGUAGUUGUUCCGACAAGGUCGCAACUACCUAUAAAAGAGGCCAACAAGUAUACGGAAAUUGGGAACUUCUGUGCAAAAUCCCAAAACAAAAAGUAGGAUCUCAAAUAACUUGGGGCGGUUUUAGGUAGGGAGCUUUGGUAUUUUUUUUGGAAAUGGAGAACAGCUUGGAGCAGACUCUGCAAGAUGGGAAACUAUAUAGGCAGCUCAAUUCUCUCAUCGUAGCUCAUCUUCGCGACAACAAUCUCAAUCAGGCUGCAAGUGCAGUUGCUUCUGCAACUAUGACGCCUUUGAAUGCUGAAGCCCCACCUAAUAAGCUUCUCGAGCUGUUUGCAAAGGGUCUUGCAGUGGAGAAAGAUGAGAUUUUAAGAGGCAUUACAUCAUCUGCAUAUUAUGAUUUGGGUGCAUCACUACCUGCAUCAUAUGGUUCAAUCCCUGCUCCUCACGCUGCUGCUGUUGAUUUCAGUGCUGUACAGGACACAAAAGGUUCAUCAAAGAGUUUUCCAAAGCAUGAGACACGGCAUCUUUCAGAGCACAAGAAUAUAGCUAGAUGUGCAAGAUUUUGUCGUGAUGGGAGGUUUGUUGCCACAGGAAGUGCAGAUACAUCAAUAAAGCUCUUUGAGGUUGCAAAAAUUAAGCAAAUGAUGCUGCCAGAUGCAAGAGAUGGUCCUGUUCGGCCUGUCAUACGGACAUUUUAUGACCAUAUACAACCAAUCAAUGAUUUGGAUUUUCAUCCUCAAAAUACUGUUCUGAUAUCUGGGGCCAAAGAUCACACUAUAAAGUUCUUUGACUUUUCCAAAAUGACCGCAAAGAGGGCAUUCAGAGUCAUCCAGGAUACACAUAAUGUGCGUUCUGUAUCUUUUCAUCCUUCUGGAGAUUUUCUUUUAGCAGGAACUGACCAUCCAAUUCCACACCUGUACGAUGUGAAUACCUUUCAAUGCUAUCUAUCAUCGAAUGUUCCCGAGAUUGGUGUUAAUGGAGCCAUAAAUCAGGUCAGGUAUUCAUCUACGGGUGGCAUGUAUGUUACAGCGUCUAAAGAUGGUGCUGUUCGGUUAUGGGAUGGAGUCACUGCCAAUUGUGUGCGCUCUAUAGUCAGUGCACAUGGAACGGCUGAGGCCACUAGUGCAAAUUUUACAAAAGAUCAAAGGUUUGUUCUCUCUUGCGGGAAGGAUUCUACUGUGAAGCUUUGGGAAGUUGGCACUGGAAGAUUGGUAAAACAAUAUGUUGGAGCUACACAUAUGCAGUUACGAAGCCAGGCUGUUUUCAAUGACACUGAAGAAUUUGUUCUAUCCAUUGAUGAACUGAGCAAUGAGAUUGUAAUUUGGGAUGCUAUGACGGCGGAGAAAGUAGCAAGGUGGCCCUCCAAUCAUAUUGGGGCACCCCGCUGGCUCGAGCACUCACCAACAGAGGCAGCCUUUGUUUCCUCAGGGACUGAUAGAUCUAUCCGGUUCUGGAAGGAAGUUCUGUAGGUAUGUAUGUAGAGGAUGGGAUUGAUUCUCUUCCUAAUCCAAGAACUUAAGAGGAUUACUAAAAAUGUGUUGGAGAAGAAAUUUUCUGUUUUUAAGAACAACAUCAAUGAUGAGAUGGUAGGAACCGCAUAUUUAUCUAUUGCGAUAUAUAAUUUUCGAA